CUGUGGAGGCAUGAUGAGGUGUCUGAUACUCGGUCUGCUCUGUCUGGCUCUUACUGAGGGACUCGUCAGAGUUCCUCUUGUUAAAAAGAAGACCAUAAUGAAGGAAAGGGGUCUCCUCAAGGAAAUGUUGAAGUACUCACAGUACAGCUCUCAGCAAGGUUACACUGAGAGCCUGAUCAACCAAAAUGACAUGGCUUAUUUUGGAAAAGUUGGUAUUGGAAGCCCUCCACAGUACUUCUACCUCCACUUUGACACCGGCUCCAGCACUCUGUGGGUCAACUCUGUCUACUGCAACAGUGAUGCCUGCAGCAGUCAUCCUCUCUUCAACCCAAGCAAGUCCUCCACAUUCACCAGCAAUCAACAACCAUUUUCAGUAAAGUAUGGAACAGGCAGUGUCCAGGGUUUCCUUGGCUAUGACACAGUCACAAUGGGUCAGCUGUCUGUCACAAACCAGAAGAUUGGUUUAAGCACUUCAGAGCCUGGUGAUCAUUUUGCAAAGCCUUUGCAUGAUGGACUCAUGGGCCUGGCCUUCAUGCCUUCUAAAGACAAGACCAUUGUGGACACCAUGAUCGAAGAAGGCGUUAUUGAGGAGCCAAUCUUUGCUUUUUACUUAAGCAGUGACUCUGAGAGUGGAAGUGAGGUCGUGUUUGGUGGAGUUGAUCCCUCCCAUUACCAAGGUCAGAUCAACUGGGUUCCUGUACAACGAAACAGCCACUGGCAACUGGUCUUUGAAGGUUUUGAGGUUAAUCACCAGUCAACAGGAUGGUGUGAAUCUGGAUGUACUGCUAUUACAGACACAGGAACAUCACUGCUGCUGUGCCCACCACAGUAUGUAGACACUCUCCAUCAAAUGCUGGGAGCCCAACAGGACAGCAAUGGCAAUUAUGUGUUCAACUGUAAUGAAGUGAGCAGCCUUCCCCCACUGACAUUUGUUAUGAACGGAGCUCACCUGCAUUUGCCGGGUACUGCAUAUGUGCUUCAGAAAAAAGAUUCUAACUCAAAAUGUCAGAGUGGCAUCCAGAAAUCUCAUGAGGAGUACAGAAAUGGUUAUCCUUACUGGAUCCUGGGUGAUGUCUUCCUUAGGCAAUUCUACUCUGUGUUUGACCAAGGAAAUGCUAGAGUGGGAUUCGCUACCUUAGCGUAGAGUUAUCCAACACACUCUAAAGCAUCAUGAAGUCAUAACUCUAUUAUUUCAUGUCUAAAAAAGAAUAAACUCAUCUGUGGUUA